AGUAUAGUUACACGGAAGGUUGCAUCGUGGACGAUGAAUGACAUUCCAUCGGAGUCAAUGUUUUCUUAAGAAAAAGACCCUUAUGUUUUGAAUUUAUGAAAAGUGAUCGUUUAUGUGUAUUCUUAUAAUGUUUAUGAAUGCAUUCGACUUAUCAUAGUUAUGCACAAUGUCCAUAGACGGGAAAGGGGACAUCAAUGUUUUCUUUUCUUCAUCGCGAGUAGGCUUCGGGGAACCCCUACCUCCUACUUCAACUACAUCAUUGUUGACUUUUGCUGACUUGGUACUUGCAUUGGAUCACAAAAAUGCUCGCGAAACAGCUGUUUUUGAUACUUCCAAUGUUUACGGUGGUAAAACAGACCACACUUAUGCGUCAAGUGGGAUCAUCAGAACGACCCGUUCACAAACAGCCAAAGCGACAGUUCAACAUCAGCAACCUUCUUCUAAAGAAGAUGAACAAAGUAAAAGAGAAUCAGUUUCACAGAUGAAAUUAAAGUACAAUGAACAUCAAUUGUAUUCAGAGAGUUCUUCUACUGGUCAGACACUAUCCAGAAAUCUUUACUCAGAUAAAGAACCUGUGCAUUUGAAGAACAAAAGGUGCUCUUCAGUGGAGAAUAUACUAUUACCUACUUCUAGUCAAACCCACAUCAGUGCUGCUAAAGUGGCACCAAUAAAUAUAUUGAAUAAAACUUCUGAAUGGCAUGCGCUGUCCAGGAGUUCUCCUAGGAAAUCUUGUUCAUUUGAAGAGGUUAGCUUAGAUAGUAAAUCUAUUAUAAAAACAUCAAAAUCUACAGAAAAUGUCCAAAAGACAGGAGUAUCACAUACAUUACAUCGACUAGUGAAUGAUACUUUAGAGUUUCCCUGUUGGCCAAGAAAAGCUGACCAUACAUAUGCCACUGCAACAUGGGAUGGUACUGCAGCUAGUCACAGUCUUUUUGAGAAAGAAAUUCAUGAAGAAACAACAAAACAAAACUUGAUUGAAGAUCAUGAAAUGGAGGAAGUAACUAAUGAAUACUUGUUGCCCACAGUCACCGAGCAGCCAAUAACAGAGGCCCCUCUUCAAGAUUUUAACAGUUUCCAUGUUUCAGGUCUUAACCAGAAAGAUCAUACAUAUGUGAAGCCUAAAACUUUGUUUCCUUGUCAUUCUGAAGCAUUUGAUGAUACUUCUACAAGCUCUUCGGAGUUGACAGAAAAGCAUCAGUAUUCUUCUGCUACAUUCCCCCGGCAGAAAAUGCGAGAAGAUCACACAUAUUUUCAUAGUGGUUUAUCUCGUAAAGUUAGUGGCAGUGUUGGUGGUAGAGAAUGGUCAAGUGCUCAGACUGUGACGAAUCAACUGGCUGUUCCAGAUUUGCCAAUUGAGGAAACCUAUAGAUCUCUACAUUCAUUUACGCAGAGAAUAUCAACAAAAAAAGACCACAACUACUCAUCUUCCACCUGAAAGUGAACUUGUCACGAAUACAUCAGACAAUGAAUGAAAAUUAUAAUUGUUUUUCUUUGUCAAUACAUCGUCUUUCAACCAAGGCUUGUGAUUUCAAUCUUGUAUCCUAAGACAUGUACUACCCCUGAUGACUAGAUGUAGCUAAAAAUGCUGAACAAAUGCCUGGAACUGAUUAAAAUUACUUAACUUAUAAUUACUUUUUUUUUUUUUUUACAUAUUUGGUUUUAUCACUGUAAAAAUGUAUUUCUCAACACAUUUUCCUUAUGUUAAAUGUUAACAAGCUCAUUUUUAAUAGUUUUAAAAUAAGCCUGAAAUCAUUAUGAAUUUUCAGUAUCAUUCCUGAUAAUUACUCUUAAUUCAAUGUUAUUUUUUAAA